UUAUCACUCUUUCCACUUCCCACACCAUCUUCACACUCUCCUCACUGUUUCUGUUUCUCUCCUAACAUGAACCAAAACAUCAUCGAUCUUCAAACGUUGUUGUCAUAUUCACUUUCAACAACAUUAAUCUCCAAUUCAAUUUCGACCCAUUAACUUAAUCGAAACACCCAUCUAACAAAAACACUUUUUUUUCAGCUUAAGUUCUUAAUUCUCUGCUGGGUCGUAAAAAAAUCGAACUUUGAUUUUUAAAGAAGAUGAUGUCUGAUGUUGCGAUGAGAUCGCUGAUGAAGAAAGGUGAUUACGGUGAAGAUGUUGGUGUUCUGCGGCGGCAGCAACAAGAGGCAAAUUACGGGGAAGAUGUAGGUGUUUUGAGGCGGCGGCAACAAGAGGAAAAUGAUAGAGAGAAUGAAGUUUUAAGGCUGAGAAGCGGGUCUGCGCCGCCUACGGUGGAUGGUUCUUCGACUGCGUUUAAGGGUUUGUAUGGUGGUUCUCCGGUGAGUUAUAGAGGUGGAAGAGGCUUUGGGAGUGAGGAGGAGCUUCGUGCUGAUCCAGCUUACGCCAAUUAUUAUUACAUGAAUGCGAAUCUGAAUCCGAGGUUCCCUCCGCCAUUAGUGUCGAAAGAAGAUUGGCGGUUUUCGCAACGGCGGAUGAAUGGUGAAGGAAGGAGGUUGAAUGGUGAAGGAGGUGAGAAUGUGAAUGGAGAAAGAUCUGUUUUUUCUAUGCAGGCUGGCGGGGUUAAUGGGAAGGUGGAUGGUGCUGAAUGGGGCGGCGACGAUGGCUUGAUUGGUUUGCCGGCGCUAGGGCUUGGAAGUAGGCAGAGGAGCAUUGCUGAUAUAUUUCCGCAGGAUGAAAAGAAUGGCGCAUCAUCUGCCUCCAAGCACGCUCACCAUCUGCCUGGCCGUAAUGUGUUUGAUGACAUUGCUGAACUUACGGAAGCCCAUUUUGCUCAGAGGCAUCAAAGUUCGGAUGAUUUGCAAUCUGGCGGAAAUCACGUUGGUUCGGCAUCUCACUCUUACGCUUCUGCUUUAGGAUCCUCUUUGUCAAGGAGCAGCACCCCCGACGCCCAAUUCAUACCUAGAGUUUCUAGUCCUUCAAUCCCGCCUAUUGGGGAGGGUAGGUCCAACGCAGCAGAGAAAAGAAGUUUCAAUCGUCAAAACUCAUAUAAUGCUGCCUCGUCUAAUUUAAACGAGUCGGUGGAUCUCGCAUCUGCUUUGGCUGGCAUGAAUCUCUCUCAAAAUGAUGUAAUAGGCGACGAGAAACGUUCCCCGUCGUCAAGGCUCAGUGAAUCAGAUUACACUCGUAAUAAUGCUAAUCAGUACCAAUACUUAAACAAGUCUGAUUCGCUACCUUAUCUUCGCCAUUCUCCAAACAAUCCCUAUUUGAAAGCGAGUAAAAGCAGCGUCGGUUUUGGACUAGAUGUGAAUGAUUCUACGUAUAAUGCAAGAGGACCUUCUACACCAACUGUUACUGGAAGAGGUAGUUCGUUGCCUGCUCAUUAUCAGCAUGUUGAUGAUACGCAUUUCUCGCACGCCAACUAUAACAUGGGCGGGUUUGCUGUUAAUUCUUCAUCAUCACCGAUGAUGGCAAGCCAGCUUGGGAAUGGAAAUUUGCCUCAUUUCUUUGAACAUGCCGCACCACCGUCUGCAUUAGGAAUGAAUGCCAUGGACUCGAGGGGCUUGGGAAGAGGCGCAAAUUUAGGACCUUUGUUGGCUGCGUCGGAGUUACAGAAUGCAAGCAGGUUGGGAAAUCUCACUGCAGCUAGCCCUCAUCAGCUUCCCAUGUUUGAUCCUUUGUAUCUUCAAUAUCUGAGAUCAAGCGAAGUUACUGCUGCACAGAUUGGAGCUCUUAAUGAAUCUGCAAGAAAUAACAACGUACCGGAUUUACUUAGCCUCCAAAAAGCUUAUAUCGAGUCAUUAAUUGCUCAGCAAAAAGCACACUUUUCUUCCCCUUACUUAGGUAAGUCAACUAGCAUGAACCAUAAUUCUUAUGGAAAUCCAUCGUAUGGUCUCGGCAUGUCGUAUCCCGGAAGUCCUCUCGCAGGUUCUUCCUUCCCAAACUCCAUGUAUGGACAAGGUAGUCCUAUGAGCCAAGGUGAGCGAAAUGCGCGUUUGUCUGGGAUGAGGAAUGUGGCUGGCGGCGGUUUAACGGGAGCUUGGCAUUCGGACGCUGUUAGUAAUUUGGACGAUAACUUUCCACCUUCCUUGCUCGAUGAAUUCAAAAGCAACAAGACCAAAUGUUUCGAACUUUCAGAAAUUUCUGGGCAUGUUGUUGAGUUCAGUGCCGAUCAGUAUGGAAGCCGUUUUAUCCAACAGAAACUUGAGACUGCUUCGGUUGACGAGAAAACCAUGGUUUUCCAUGAAAUAAUGCCGAAUGCACUAACACUAAUGACCGAUGUCUUCGGUAAUUAUGUGAUUCAAAAGUUUUUCGAGCAUGGAUCAUCCGAACAAAUCAGAGAACUGGCUGACCAACUUACUGGUCAUGUGCUGACACUAAGUCUUCAAAUGUAUGGCUGUCGCGUUAUCCAAAAGGCUAUUGAAGUGGUUAAUUUAGAUCAACAGACAAAAAUGGUUACAGAGCUGGACGGUCAAAUUAUGCGUUGCGUGCGUGAUCAGAACGGAAACCAUGUCAUCCAGAAGUGUAUUGAAUGUGUGCCUGAAGGAGAGAUUCGGUUCAUCGUUUCAACGUUUUACGACCAAGUUGUGACGCUGUCAACUCAUCCAUAUGGAUGUCGUGUUAUACAGAGAGUCUUGGAGUACUGCCAUGAUCCUAAAACUCAACAGAUUAUGAUGGAUGAAAUUUUGCAAUGUGUUUGCAUGCUAGCACAGGAUCAAUACGGGAAUUAUGUUGUUCAGCAUGUGCUGGAGCAUGGCAAGCCGGAGGAACGUUCUGCGAUAAUAAAGGAGUUAACUGGACAGAUAGUACAGAUGAGCCAGCAGAAGUUUGCUUCUAAUGUGAUAGAAAAGUGUCUAUGUUUUGGGACGGCCGCUGAGCGUCAAGCCAUUGUGAACGAGAUGAUAGGUUCCACUGAUGACAACGAGCCUCUACAGGUUAUGAUGAAGGAUCAGUUUGCAAACUAUGUCGUGCAAAAAGUGUUGGAAACUUGUGAUGACCAGCAACUCGAGCUGAUUCUUAAUAGAAUUAAGGUUCAUCUGAAUGCUUUGAAGAAGUAUACCUAUGGGAAGCACAUUGUUGCGCGUGUCGAGAAAUUGGUUGCUGCUGGAGAGAGGAGGAUUAGUUUUCUGACACUAAAUCAUCCUGCACAGAUGGUAUAGAAGGAGAUGAAAGUAAUGUACAGCUAACUUGGAGGAUAGUUUUGUUUGAUAUCUGGUACCUGAUAAUGUCACUGUCUAUAUUCAAAUAGACAGGUGAUGAUGAGAUUGGAAAAAGUAAUAAAAUGUUAGUUGUACUUGAAAACUGUACAUUGGUGAGAAUUAUCAUUAUGAUUACUACUAUUAUUAUACGUUUAGAAUCAGUUUAGUUGAGUAUGAAACUUUUGAGAAGUUCAGUUAGUAAAUGAUCUUCUCUGGUUAUAAUUAUGAGCUAGUUUUAAUGUUGUACAGGGAGGUUUUUGACUGUACAAAUUUUACUAGGUUUAUCAUAGGACAGUUUGUUCCUUGUAUUCCGGAUGCAUACAUGUUUUUAUGAGCUAUUACUUUUUUGACC